AUGCGACCCCCGCCCACAAGUCUCCCAUACACAGCACUCCUUACCACAGGACUCCCACCCACAGUUCGCCCACGGAUCCUCACCCACAGAACUCCUACACACAGAACCCUCACCCACAGGGGUCCCACCCACAGUACUCCCACACACAGUUCUCACACAUACAGUUCUCCCACAGGGCCUUCACCCACAGGACUCCCACACACAGUACUCCCUCCCACAGGACCCUCACCCACAGGACUCCCACACACAGUUCUCCCACAGGGCCUUCACCCACAGGACUCCCACACCCAAUACUCCCUCCCACAGGACUCCCACAGGACCUUCACCCACAACCCACACACAGUUCUCCCACAGGACCUUCACCCACAGAACUCCCACACACAAUACUCCCUCCCACAGUUCUCCCACAGGACCCUCACCCACAGAACUCCCACACACAGUACUCCCUCCUACAGGACUCCCACAACACCUUCACCCACAGAACUCCCACACACAGUACUCCCUCCCACAGGACCCUCACCCACAGUACUCCCUCCCACAGGACCUUCACCCACAGAACUCCCACACACAGUACUCCCUCCCACAGGACCCUCACCCACAGUACUCCCUCCCACAGGACUCCCACAAGACCUUCACCCACUGAACUCCCACACACAGUACUCCCUCCCACAGGACCCUCACCCACAGUACUCCCUCCCACAGGACUCCCACAGGACCCUCACCCACAGUACUCCCUCCCACAGGACUCCCACAGGACCUUCACCCACAGAACUCCCACACACAGUACUCCCUCCCACAGGACCCUCACCCACAGGCCUCCCGCCCUCUUUCCGCGGGGGCCCUCCACCGGAAGCUGUCGUUGAUUAG